AUGUAUAAACCUGGGCGUCCAGCCUCGUUGGAAUUGGCUAAAAUCCUUAAUGGUUUACAGGGCAUUAAUCGCCAUUGUUAUUGCAAUGCACUUGUUGGCGCUAUUGUCAGUGUCACAGAAAUUCAAAAGAGAGAUGAAAUGGCACGUCUUCUGAGCUUGAUCCGUUGGAUGGGUGGUAGUUUUCGAGAAAGCAUUAAUUACAAGACUACUCAUUUAUUGUCUUGUUAUGCAUUGACGCAUUGUAGUGUUGAAUCCCAAUAUGAAUAUUUACAUGAAAUCCUGCCGAUAUGUGAAGGGGUGACGUUACAAUCGCAACAAGUUGCCAACACUGUGUGUUCUGGUAAUAUAUUAACAUCAUUGGAUUCUCAGCAAUUGGACAUUGAUACAAGUGAAUUUACUAUUGGUACUUUUGAGAAAGCUUUCAAGUUUGCAAACAGAACACGUAUUAAAGUUGGACGGGCUUUGUGCUUUAAUAAAACUCCUAGUAAGUUGAAACGAGCAGUGUCGACAAUGAUGAGUCCUGUUCUCAGCUUAACUAACAAUGGAGGGCUGGAUACGCAUGCCUCAACACCGUCUACACCAGGAGUGGCCAAACGGUCGAUCUUGGACGAUUUCUAAGUCGAUCCCCUUGUUAGAAUUUAUUAAUUAUUCUUAUGCAUUUGUCAUUUAGUAGAUUCAGUUAUUAAAUACAUAUAUUUUGGAUUAA